GCCUAUCCGUGGUUUUCGACUUUAGCUGGGAGAACUCGGCCGCCAUAUAAAAUCAAACAAAAGUGUUUUCUCGAAAUAAUGAACAUUUGACAUUUUAUGAACGUUUUGUGAUAGUUUGAUUGCAGAAAAUAAGUUCAAAUGAGUGCAAAAUUAGAUGUUAACAGGCGAGUUUUAGCAAUUCAAGCUAAAAAGAAACGACACAAGCCUAGUAAAAAGAAAGGAAAAAACGAAAUGAAUGGACAUGGUGGCGAAAAUCGUCAUAAAUCGUCAAAAAAUGAGCCAUCUCAUAGUUCAAGUAACGAGACAAUCGAGGAUCCGGAUGAACCUUACAGUAGCGAGGAGGAGGAGGAACAGGAGGAUAGUACAGAUUACCGCAAAGGAGGUUACCAUCCCGUCAAAAUCGGCGACCUGUUUCUUGGCCGGUAUCAUGUCACAAGAAAAUUGGGUUGGGGACAUUUUUCAACAGUUUGGCUGUGCUGGGAUUUAGAGGACAAGCGGUUUGUGGCAUUAAAGAUUGUUAAAUCAGCUGAUCACUUCACUGAAACGGCUCUCGAUGAAAUAAAGAUCCUCAAAUCUGUACGGGAGUCUGAUCCUGUUGAUCCCAAAAGAAAUAAAACAGUACAACUCUUAAAUGACUUUAAAAUUAGUGGAGUCAAUGGGGUUCAUGUAUGUAUGGUUUUUGAAGUAUUAGGACAUCAUUUACUUAAAUUAAUCAUUAAAUCCAACUACCGUGGAAUACCAUUAGGAAAUGUACGUACUAUAAUGAGACAAGUUUUAGAAGGUCUUGAUUAUUUACACACCAAAUGUCAAAUUAUUCAUACUGAUAUUAAACCUGAAAAUGUCCUUAUUUGUGUUAAUGAAGAAUAUAUUAGAAGAUUAGCAUGUGAAGCUGCCGAAAUGCACCAAUUAGGUUUAAAACUUCCAACUUCCCUUGUUAGCACUGCACCCAUACAAGAAUCUCCACAGCAAAAAAUGAGCAAAAACAAGAAGAAGAAGAUGAAGAAAAAAGCCAAACGUCAAAAUGAGUUGCUAAAAAGACAAAUGGAACAAAUCAUUGAAUUGGAAGAGCAGCAAAAGAAAGGAAAAGAAAAUGGUGACCUGAAUGGUGAUAAAGAUUUUAAUGGUGUUGAUCCAGAAUCAAGUCCUGAAACAACACCUGAAAAUGAUGGUGAUAAAGUGCUUAACGGUUGUUCUGAAGAAAGCACAGAAGUGAUUCCAAUAGGCUGCGAUGAUGUUUUAGAACCCAUUGUACCAAUGUCAGAAGAUGAUUCUCCCUCUGUCACAUCCAAAAGUGAAAUAAAACCUGAUGCUGAAUUAGACCCUGCAUUUGUAGAGUGUGAAUUUGAUGUUAAAAUAGCUGAUCUGGGAAAUGCUUGCUGGGUUGACAAGCACUUUACAGAAGACAUUCAAACUAGGCAAUACCGUUCAUUAGAGGUCUUAUUGGGAGCUGGUUACAACACUUCUGCUGAUAUUUGGAGCACUGCUUGUAUGGCAUUUGAGCUGGCAACUGGGGAUUAUCUUUUUGAACCACAUUCAGGGGAUGAUUACUGCAGAGAUGAAGACCACUUGGCACACAUUAUUGAGUUAUUAGGCCACAUUCCUAAAAGAAUUGCCCAGAGUGGAAGAAAUUCAAGAUUGUUUUUUAACAAGAAAAAUGAAUUACGCCAUAUCACGGGUUUGAAACCAUGGGGUCUAGAUGAUGUCUUAACUGAAAAGUAUGACUGGAAUAGAAGUGAGGCACAGGAAUUUGCAGAGUUCCUAAAACCUAUGUUGGAUUUUGAUCCAGAAAGACGAGCCACAGCAGCAGAUUGCCUUAAACAUCCAUGGCUAACCAAGUAGCAACAGCUCUCUUUAGGUGAUUGAUUUAUUUGAAUUGCUUUUUUUAUCGAACAAUGCAUAUAGCAUAGUUUAAAAUUAUUUAUAAAGCAUUGCAUUCAGAAUUCUCAUAAAUUGGUUAUUAGAAAAUGUGAUGUAUGUUUUAUAGACAAUAUAUCUGUACUCCUUGGCUGCUUUUCUAUAACAAUUUUAAGUCCCAAGUAAUUUAUUAAGUACCCUAUUUUAUUAAAUUUAAUUUGCAGUCAAGGAAAACUGUAGAUUAUUCUACUGUGUUUGAUAUACUCAAAUAUUAGAUAUGAUGACAAAAUCAUCUGUUCCAACUAGUUAAAGCACCAACAUUUGUAUUUAAAUAUAAAAAUAAGUAUACAAUGUACAUUGAAUAUUUAAAUGCUAAGUAUAUAUUAAAUUGAUAUUG